AUUCAGACCCGGUUUUCUCCCGAGAAUGUGUUCUCGCUCGUUCUGCAGCGCCGAAAACGGAUUAUCGCCAGCAAUGAAAAGAAGGCUAGUUUGCUCUCUGCGCUUUGUUCGCCUUUCCGUCUGGCCGUCGCCACCAAAGGUAGCUUUUAUGAAUCAAAUUUCUCCCUCCUUUCGAGCAGCUUGUGUGGUCGCGUGCUUAUGGUGCGCGCUAAGAAUCAUUUUUGUGGAGGGUCUAGGUUCGAAUCCCAUUGGCGGCACAAUUUUUGUUAUUUGCCUCCUGAUAAUUAUCGCGAGAACCGGCAAGGUGAUAAAGUUGGAUAGCGAAAAUGGCAAGAGCGAUUUUCAGUUUUCGGCUAUCUUUGGUCGUUGACAACAGCAGCGAACGAUAAACAUUUCUCACUGGAAAAAAGAAUCGUUGAAUUGUUCGGUUGCUCGGAAAAUGCCAAUUUUCGUCUCAAUUUGCUGAUAAUUUCAUUCCCUGGUGCUUAUUUCAGAAAUUACACAACACAUUUCAAACGAAAUCGUUGUUUUUGAUGAUUGUUUCUCUUUCCUUAUCACUUUGCACGAUAUUAUAUGUAGCAUCAAAGCAGUGUCGAUGUUUCUAGCGCAUUUUUUCCACGAACUAAGCAAUCAAAACAAAACAUUGGACGCCAUGUUGAAUUGAAUGCUGGGUAGAUGAUUCUGGCCCUUCGUCAUCCUCCUGUUUUUAUCCCUUUUUAAGCUUUUUAUGCUUUUUAUCUCCGUUUUGAGAUAUUUCGUUUUAUCGUGUAUGCCUAUUCAAUUUCCUAAGUGCAUUUUUGCCUCAGUGUACUAACGUAAAACAACAACAACAACAAGCUUGUUCGUCUUCCAAACAAAAUUCCAUCCGGCUCCAAACAGGAAUCUUGGCCGAAGCCAAGUGGAAAUCGAUUUAAUCUAUCGAAAUAGCUACUUUCCUAGCCACAAUAUCGAUGUGGAAUCAAGUGACGUGUGAACCAAUACAUAUCCCAAAGAUGGCCACAAUCAACGAUCUUCCGAACGAGAUCCUCCUUGCGAUUUUCCAACAUAUUGAGGGUAAGAAGCACCUCACCCGUAUCUGCAAACUCUGGAAUGAGUUGAUUGUAAAUUUCCUGGUUCUGAAGAUCAGUCUCCUUAGUGAGGAACGUAUCAGGAAAUUUGCAGACAUGGUCUUUACCCGCAGCUAUCAGCAGCUGAGCAUCUCCGGGGUGAUGUUGGUGGAGUCGGACUUCAACUGGACGGGACGCUCGCGGCAGCUGAAAAAUGCGCCUAAGCGAGCUCGUAAGGAAACUGAUCCGUACGUGCUAUUGCGCAAAUGUCUACAAGUGGUCCGUCAGUAUGAAAGGACCGUGCGGGUUAUGAGUUUGUCCUUUGGGCCGAUUAUGGACAAAAGUUUGCUGGCAUUCUUGCCCCGGGGCGAUGGACCUAGUUCGUUGGAGUGUUUGGUGAUCGAGAUUAAUAAUUGGCACAUAAUGAAGGAGGAGAAUUGGAACGUUAGUCGAAUGGAGUUUAUUGCGGAAGAGGGAUUACAGGAAAUUUCCGAGAUGCCGAAGCUCAAAAGCCUUAGGUUCGGCGACAGCCGCACCAAAGGGGAUCGAACUGUCCGACGGAAGUUCUUUGAUGCAAUCACCCGGAACGCGAAAGCGAUAACAUCCAUAUCUCUGACAUCUAGGUCUGUUACAUGUUAUUCGGAUUACCGGAUUGUUCGAAGUUUUUCGACGCAGUUACAGGAAUUGACCAUCACCGUUUGGCCCCUAUUUGUAAAAGAUUUCUUCCAGCUUUCGUUUCCGAAAGUAAAAAUCCUUAAACUAGACUUCAAAUGCAUCGCAUUACCAGAUGCGGCCCAUUUAUUUCAAAACCUCAAGUCACUCAUCGAUCUGACCGUUACUAAUGCAGACAAUGACGAGUUCUUGCGGCAGGGCGUAUAUCGCCACGCUACAACCGUCGAGCGGUUGACUAUCAGUGAAAACCGAAAUAUCACCAUGGACGGGCUGCAGGGUUUGAUCGGAUUGAAGGAAUUGCAACUCGAAUGCGAAUGCUCGUGGUUCGAAUUUGACGAGCAAAGCGCGGUGCCUUGCUCUUCGUUGUUGGAGAAGCUGGUGAUUGAACGGUGCACCAACGGCAUUUCCUUCUACGGCGCUUUGCCGGAAAGUGUACCUCACAUUACGGAACUUCACAUCACCGGAGAUAAUACGUUUAACGAUGGGUGCCUUCGGGCAAUCUGCACGACAAUGAACAACAUACGCCGACUGAAACUCACCCUAAUACCAUUUGUGGACGACCCGAUUACUGAUGUGAGCUUGCGUUACAUUGGAAACCUCCGCAAACUGGAAUACCUCUUCUUGGAAUCCUACGAUGAUGAAGAUACCAUCCAGCUUACUGGGUCUGGUUGGGUGUCAUUGCUGUGGGCGUCGGAUGUCCACCUCAAUGGCUUUUAUGAGAUUGAUCUGCCGAACAUGUUGGACCUUCUGUUGAAUCCGAACUUACGAAAGUUGACCUUGGAUCAGUGCGGCAGAGCUUGCCGUAUAGUGGAAACUGUGAGGAAGCUCAAGCAGCUGAUGAGUGAUUCACGACCGCUACCACAUAUUGCGGUCAUCAACGUGUGAGAGCACAGGUUCUGGAGGCCCCAAGCCGCAAUCGAUCCACGGUGCAAUCAAUACUAAUGGCUUUUUGACGACAGUUAAAAACAAAAAAUAUUACACAGACUAUCCCAGCCGGGAUAUAAGCUACCAAAGUUGACGAA